AUGGAGUUUGUGUCUGGAUACCGCGAUGAGUUCCUUGAUUUCGCUGCCCUCUUGUUUGGCUGGUUCCGAAAGUUCGCAGCAGAGCGUGGGCCUGGGGGGGCCCGCCUUGAGGGCCGCUGGCGCCAGCUGGAGGCUCAGAUCAGAAGGCUGCCCCAGGACCCUGCCCUUUGGGUGCUCCAUGUCUUGCCCAACCGUAGUGUGGGCAUCAGCCUGGGGCAAGGGGCAGAGCCAGGCCCUGGACCAGGCCUGGGGGUUGCCCGGUUCCUGGGAGAUGAGCCCCCACUCCACCUGCGAGACCUAAGCCCCUAUGUCAGUUUUGUCAGCCUGGAGGAAGGGGAGGAAGCAGAGGAGGAGGAGGAAGAGAAUGGAGAGGAGGAGGGUGCAGGCAUGGAGAAGGUAGAUCCAGAGGAGGACGGGGAGCCAGCCCCCACCAGCAGGGAGUCCCCCCAGGAAGCAAACCCUCCAGGGGAGACAGAGGAGGCUGAGCAGGAGGCAGGAGGCGGCGAGGAUGAUUGCCGAGAGGACAAGGCAGAGGACGAAGCGGGCCCUGAGAGGAGGAAGGGGCGGAGAAGUGAGGCUGCCCCCUUGCACCUCUCCUGCCUCUUACUGGUGACCGAUGAACAUGGCACCAUCUUGGGCAUUGACCUGCUAAUGGAUGGAACCCAGGGGAGUGCAGGCAAGAGCUCAGGGACCGAGAACCUGGUUCCUCGGGCCUAUGCUCUCCUCUGCCACAGCAUGGCCUGCCCCAUGGGCUCCGGAGACCCUCGAAAGCCCCGACAGCUCACCGUGGGAGACGCCCAGCUGCAUCGAGACUUGGAGCGUCUGGUCCCGAGGCUGGGCGUGAAGUUAGCCAAGACGCCGAUGCGGACGUGGGGUCCCCGGCCAGGCUUCACGUUUGCCUCCCUCCGGGCUCGAACCUGCCAUGUCUGCCAUAGGCAUAGCUUUGAGGUGAAGCUGACACCUUGCCCCCAGUGUAGUGCCGUCUUGUACUGUGGAGAGGCUUGUCUCAGGGCCGACUGGCGCCGAUGCCCAGAUGACGUGAGCCACCGAUUUUGGUGCCCAAGGCUUGCGGGCUUCAUGGAGCGGGCCGGGGAGCUGGCAAGUCUGCCUUUUACCUACACCGCAGAGGUGACCAGUGAAACCUUCAACAAGGAGGCCUUUCUGGCCUCACGGGGCCUCACUCGCGGCUACUGGACCCAGCUCAGCAUGCUGAUUCCAGGCCCUGGCACCCCGAGGCGCCCCCGAGGCAGCACGCCAGCCCUGAGCCUUCUUCUUGGUGGAGAUCCCUACCAGCUUCUCCAGGGGGAUGGGCCCGCCCUGAUGCCUCCUGUGCCCCCAGAUCCACCCAGGGGCGUCUUUGGCUCGUGGCAGGAUUACUACACGUGGAGGGGCCUCAGCUUGGACUCCCCCAUGGCCGUGCUUCUCACCUACCCAUUGACUGUGUAUUACGUCAUCACCCACCUGGUGCCCCAGUCCUUCCCUGAGCUCAACAUCCAGAACAAGCAAUCACUGAAAAUCCACGUGGUGGAAGCCGGGAAGGAGUUCGACCUGGUCAUGGUGUUUUGGGAGCUCCUGGUCUUGCUCCCCCACGUGGCCCUGGAGCUGCAGUUUGUGGGUGACGGCCUGCCCCCUGACAGUGACCAGCAGCAUUUUACCCUGCAGAGGGAUGGCCCAGAGGUGUCUGUCCGUCCUGGUUCCGGGGUAUCCACGCGGCUCGGCUCCAGCACUAAGGAGAAGGGGGGCCGCAGGGACCUGCAGAUCAAGGUGUCUGCACGGCCCUACCACCUGCUCCAGGGGCCCAAACCCGACCUGGUUAUCGCUUCUGCACGCUCUCCCGCUCUCCCUCGGUCUGCAGGAUUUAACUCCGGCUUCGGUCUCAAGGACACUUGGCUGAGCUCGCUGCCCCGGCUACAGUCCCUCCGAGUCCCGGCCUUCUUCACCGAGAGCAGCGAGUACGGCUGUGUGAUGGACGACCAGACCAUGGCGGUGGCCACGGGAGGGGGCACCAGCCCCCCGCGGCCCAACCCCUUCCGCUCCCCCUUUCGCCUGCGAGCCGCCGACAACUGCAUGCCCUGGUACUGCAACGCCUUCAUCUUCCACCUGGUCUACAAGCCCCCGCAGGGGAGCGGGGCCCGCCCGGCGCACGGGCCCGCGCCCCCGGUCCCGACCCCCGCCGCGCCCCCCGCCCCCGCCCGCAGGCGCCGAGGGGAGAAGAAACCCGGGCGGGGGGCCCGCCGGCGCAGGUGA